GCGCGCAUACACCCUGUCUAUUUACAAAGAGGAAGGAAAAAGGUCUUUGCACAGCACGAAUCCAGUUCAGUGUAACGCGAGUUGUGCGUCAGGGACGUCAAAAAUGGUUGUCGCGACGCCAACCUAACGCGCGACGCCAUCGUCAUGACGACGCGUAGACGCGGUUCUUUCGACGUCGUGGGUGCCAGAUUUUUCAUACUGUUGGGUUUUUUCCUGAGGUGCACAAAUGGCCUCGAACUUGGAGAAUUAUGCUUGUUGCCGCUCGGAAUGGAGUCUGGAAAAAUCCGGGAUUCUGCGUUGUCAGCUAGCACCAGCUACGAUUCUGGAAGCGUUGGUCCACAUCAUGCCAGAUUGAGGAACAACAAACAAGGAGGUGCUUGGUGUCCACGUCACAUGGUUUCUAAAAACUCCCGUGAAUAUCUGGAAAUUGAUUUGAAAGAAUUACAUGUUCUAACAGGAAUUAAAACGCAAGGACGAUAUGGCAACGGACAAGGGCAAGAAUACGCGGAGCAGUACAUGGUGGAAUAUUGGAGAAGUGGAUUGGAGAAAUGGGUUCGGUGGAAAGACAGACAUGGGAAAGAGUUGCUCUCUGGAAACACUGAUACCUAUACGAUCAUUGAGCAAAGUCUGGAUCCACCGAUUAUUACAUCCAAAGUCAGGAUAUUGCCUUACAGCGAUCAUGUCCGGACUGUUUGUUUAAGAAUUGAACUUACAGGGUGUUCGUAUGAUGAUGGCCUUAGCAGCUAUAGUAUGCCACAAGGAGUGAAAAAAAAUGACUUAGAUCUAAGUGAUCGGAGUUACGAUGGAUCAGAAGAAAAUAGACAACUUAUAAAUGGAUUGGGACAACUUACUGAUGGAAUAAGGGGCAAGGACAAUUUUAGAUUGGAUAUAAACGGACUAGGGAAAGGAUAUGAAUGGGUUGGUUGGAGAAACGAUACUUCUGGAUGGGCCGGAUUGCCUUUGGAAAUUCUAUUUGAGUUUGACAAAGUACGAAAUUUUUCUGCGGUCCAUCUCUAUACCAAUAAUUUGUUUACCAAAGAUGUUCAGGUAUUUUCGCACGCGAGAACAUUUUUCAGUCUCAACGGUCGCAAGUUCAACUCCGAACCGGUCCAUUUUUCCUACAUGCCCGACCUCGUUAUGGAGCACUCGCGAAACGUUACGAUUAAACUCCAUCAGAGGAUCGGCAAGUUUUUGAAGUUGCAGCUCUAUUUUGCCAGCCGGUGGAUAUUGUUGAGCGAAGUUUCGUUCGACUCGACCGUAGUUAGCGGCAACUUUACACAGGAAACGGAAACGGAAAUGGGAGCGACGUUGCCCGAUUUUGGUGGACGCGAGUAUCCCAUACAACGGGACGAGGUCAAGGCUGCGUCUAAGGGGGCACUACCAAGGAAUGUGAUUCACAUAGAAGACACUACACUUCCCCAUCAAAAAACGUCGCCCAAUCAAGCCUCGGAACCCAAAAACUAUAUAGGCUUCGUUAUUGGCAUUCUGACUAUCAUCAUAUUGGCCCUGACAUCUGCAAUCGCUUUCAUAGUUUUACGAAAUCGUAGAAUAAAAGACGCUCUUACACCGUUGCCCGUUGCAGAGGAAGAAAUUAUUGGACAAAACAAACAGGCAACACUUAGCGAAGAAAAUAAGGAGCCUUUAUAUGCAGAUAGUGAAUCUUCUUUUCACAGCCAGCAUGUGAUGUCCAAUAAUGGUUCAAAUUAUGCAGAUAUUCCCGAUCUUGUAUAUUCUCAAACAAAACCACCUCCAGUUCCACCACCACCAGAAAACUACUAUACUAGAGAAGAUAUUCGCCAAAUUUUGUCAAUAGUGGAUAUAUCUCAAAGUUUGGUUAAUAAUAAUAGGUGUUCCGGUCGUGACCACUUAAUUCUACCCCUGAGUCCUCAAAAAAUGUCCGAUCAAAACGACUAUCAGGAGACCGAACGAGAGGAAAACUAUCCAAUUAACCAAAUCUCAAGUGAAAGAUUAAGGGUGAUCGAAAAAAUCGGACGCGGACAAUUCGGUGAUGUGCAUUUGUGCGAAUUAAUUGAUAACAGUGAAAAUGGUGAUUUAUUAAGUAGUAUGUGCGUGGUUUAUACGUUGGAUAAUGUGUCUGGACUGGAUGAAUUUAAAAGGGAAGUAAAUUCGCUAUCCAAACUUAGAGAUCGCAACGUGGCAGUGUUAUUAGGAGCUUCCCUGGAAACUCCUCCAUACUACACUGCCAGAGAAUAUGCACAAUACGGAGAUUUGUGCCAAUUUUUGCAAGAUCACGUAGCGGAAUCAACGUCCGCAGUAGCUAGCAACGCUAGCAUAUUGAGUUAUGGAUGUCUCAUUUACAUGGCUACUCAAAUAGCAUCUGGAAUGAAACACUUAGAAUCCAUGAAGUACGUGCACAAAGACCUAGCAGCCAGAAAUUGCCUGGUAGGUGAAAACUACCAAAUCAAAAUAUCGGACUUGGGCUGCCAAAGAGACAUUUACUCGCAGGAUUAUUGCCAAAUAGCUAACGGUUUGAUACCUUUAAGGUGGAUGGCUUGGGAAAGUGCUCUAUUGGGAACAUAUUCGAAUAAAAGCGACGUAUGGUCAUUUGCAGUUCUCUUAUGGGAGAUUUUAACUUUUGCAAGAGAACAGCCAUUUGAUUAUUUGGGUGAUGAUAAACUAUUGGAAAAUUUAGCUCAUUUUUAUCAGGACAAUGGAAAGCAAAUUUAUCUGAAUAUUCCUCACAAUUGCCCUAAAGAAAUUUACGACCUGAUGAUGGAAUGUUGGAACCGAAACGAGUCCGAUCGACCUACGUUUAAGGAAAUGCAUUUGUUUUUACAGCGAAAAAAUUUAGGUUAUAAGCCAGAGAUGCACUGACAAAAAGUUAAGGCAAAAUUAUUAAGUUGUUAUGACAAUAAUUACAAUAAAAUUUGUUGAAAGAUAUAUAUAGGUAAGUAAUUUAUUAGUUUAUUAUAGGAAAAAAAUAUCUGCUUAUAACAUUAUUAUAAUAUAAGCCUUCCUUCUCUGCUUUGUGCCUUUUUAUAUAAUGACUCUAAAAUGUAUAUAAGUAUAAAUACAGUUUUUUUUGCUGUUGAAUCAUGAUCUUUUCUAAAUUUUUUUAAGGUCAAUAGGAAUUAUUGUUGUACAUAAUAUUUUAAUGCGUAGGCCAAUGUUGUUUCCUUGUGGCCUAACUAUAUUAACAUUUUAGUGAUAAAAAUAUAAAUUUUAUCAACACAGUAAGUAUUCAUUUUCCUUGCAAAUAAAAAGGAUUAUUUAAAGUCAAUACAAUCAUGUUCAACCUAUUUUGAAUUAUUGAUGGAAUUAUUGUAAUGCAUAUUUAAUGCUGUAUGGUAUAGAAAACGAGAAAUUUUUAACCUAAAUAAUGGACAAAAUUCGAUUAAGAAAAUUAUAAUCAGCUGUCAUUAUUGUAAGGAAAAUUUUGUAUGUAAAUUAUCGCGAUAACAUUUUCUUCUUUUUAUUAUAGAAAUCUUGUAUAAAAUUAUAUUUAGUGUAAAUAUUUAUUGUCAUUAUUAGUUGCAAAUUUAGUGUUUUUUUAUAUAAAUUAAUUUUACCAUAAAAACUACGAUGUUAUGCAUUUUUACAAUUGAUAUGAAAUUGUUAUGCUAGUCUAGCUAGUACCC